CGUACGGUUGUAAUGUGUACGGCUGCCCUGCAGGUGGAGGCCGGGGCUUCCUAGAUCUCCGAAUGGGAGGAGGCUGUGGGGCUUUGUUGUUAUAGUAAAGGCUCAACCACGGUCAGCGUUUUCUCCUCACGUUUUUCGUUUAGUGGUUACUGAUCCGUGAGUGUUAGACAGAAUAUUGGUGUUUUUGGAGCGAUGUAAGGAAAACGGAGAGGAAAGGAAACGUAAGCUGACUUUUCUGUCUUUUGUGUUGUCGCUCUGUAAGUUUUUCUAAAAUAGAGUUAUUUAGCACACAAGAAACUAUCGUCAUUGCAUCGUUACUCAACGUAAAACGCCCCAGCAGUAAUCUGUGAAACUCUGCGGGCUGUGCUGGCGGAGCCGUGGAGUGUAUGUGUCGUGUUACAGGGUUACUGUUGAGCUCAUCUUCAGGUUCAUGCUUUUUAAAUCAGCGACAUCUCCACACUGUGGAUAAGUCGAGGCUCCUAUUGAGGCUCAGUCAAGCCGCUGCCUGAGCUGUGACUCUUCAUCACAGCAAGAAACAAAGACACAGCUGAACAAACAAAACACAGCGACGGACCCGCGUUCCUCCUCAUGUUCCUCCGUAUGGAGUGAUGGUAUGUGAACUUCAGUGUAAACGAGGCCAGACUCCAUUAUUCCUGCUGUGAUGGAGAACCCCAACCUGCUGCCACUCGCCCUAGCCUUGCUGGGUUUUCUGUGCCCAUGUGUGACAAGACUGACUCCCAGAGUCUCCUUCCCUAUGGUCCUGGGAGACGUCUCAUCCGCUUCAACAGCCACGAUGUCAGCAAUACCACCACGCUGCUGCUCAGUGAAGAUGGGGACAUAUUAUAUGUUGGAGCUCGGGACUCUGUGUUAGCACUGAAUGUUAGCCGCAAGGCCAGCAUCAUACUGAGGAACAAGCUGGACUGGAGUCCUUCACAUGAAGACCUUGAACAGUGCUCCAUGAAGGGAAAGAAAAUGGCUGACUGUCCCAAUUUCAUACGUGUACUGCAGUUCCUGAACACCACCCACAUCUAUGCCUGUGGAACAUUCGCCUUCAGUCCACGCUGCACCUACAUCAACACUGACACAUUAACAAUGAGCCUCAAGCCUGAUGAAGGGAGAGGUCGAUGCCCCUAUGACCCUUAUCAACGCAAUACGGCUAUCGUUGUAGAUGGAGAGCUUUAUACUGGCACUGUGGCAGACUACAGGGGAAACCGGCCAGUCAUCUCAAGGCAUCUCAGCGAGGGCAAGCGUGUCGACCUGAAGUUGGAUGACACAUUAGGAUGGUUGGAGGAUCCAACUUUCAUCAGUUCCACAUUUAUUCCAGAUGAAGAGAAAAUUUAUUUCUUCUUCACUGAAGUGGGCAGAGAGUAUGACUUCAUCGACAAGUUUAUCGUCUCCCGCGUCUCUCAGAUCUGCAUGAGUGAUGUGGGAGGUCAGCGGACCCUGCAGCGACGCUGGACCACGUUCGCAAAAGCUCAGCUGCUUUGCCAAGCUGACCAUGAGCUGCCCUAUAAUGUGCUCCAGGACAUAGACACCCUCCUGCCUGCAGAGGGCGCUCCUGUGGAUGACAUACUCUUUUAUGGCAUAUUCACCUCUCAGUGGUCUGUCAACUCUGGGCGAUCAGCAGUCUGUUCCUUCCGCCUCACUGACAUCAAAUCGGUCUUUUCUGGCAACUACAAAGUCCUGAACCGGGACACAUUACAGUGGAGUGCACGGGUUCAAGAGAAGGUCGCAAAUCCAGGCGAGUGUGGCCUGCACAACGCCUCAGACAAUGCCCUGCGCUUUGUCAAAGAGAACUUCCUGACAGAUGACAGUGUGCGACCAGUUGGAAGAAAUCUCACCAUGGUGUCUGCUGAGCACCACUACAGCCACCUGACUGUCCAGAGGGUCCAGGCAGCCAACGGCAAACACUACACUGUCCUGUUUCUCCUUACAGAGUCUGGUUACUUGCAUAAAGCAGUGCUGCUACACAGAGGGGCCCAUAUCAUUGAGGAGAUUCAGGUCUUUGGGCAGCCUCAGCCUGUCAAGAGCCUGAAGCUCUCCAUACCCAAGGGAGUGAUUUAUAUCGGCACAUCGGAGAGCGUCGUGAAGGUCCCGACAGCUAACUGUUCUUUUUACUGGACCUGUGCUCAGUGUGUUCUGGCCCGAGAUCCCUUCUGUGGUUGGGAUACUGCCAGUAGGGUCUGUGUGAUGGUCUCUACAACAAACACUAACCUAGGCCAGGACAUAGAAAGGGGAAAUGCUGAAGAGGCAUGCAGCAGUGUUUCACUAAAUCAUAAGAGCAGAUUUGGUCCAAACAAACUGCCUGCGGCCUCAUGUCCUCCAGGCGAGCUGGUGUCUGUGUCUCUGAACGAAGUAGUGCGGCUGCAGUGUCCUGCAGCAUCAAGACUGUCUCAGCAGCUCUGGGAGCGUCCCAACAGUCGGCUGUCCUCAGACUUGUAUCUGAACUUGGAGGAUGGGAGUCUGAGCUUUGUGGCCACCCCUGCCACACUGGGCCACUAUCUCUGCCUGUCCAUUGAAAAUGGCUACCAACAGACUAUGGCCAUCUAUCAUGUCAAGCAGAAGACCAGCCCUCUGUCUCAAACUCCAACCACCUACACCCAGCCUCGGACAAAUGCGAUACCCACAACACAAUCUAUGGUCAAGCCGGGAUCUGGACUCCACAUAUCUGUAGGAACUUGGCCUGAAAGAACAGAAACACACCAAGGAGAGUCUAAGACAACGCCAUCCAACAGGAACACUCAAGUCACCACCAGACAGCUGGGCAAAAACCUGACCUUAUGGACAAAGGAGCCUCGACAAAGAGAAUUAGAGCUCCGGGAUGGGGAAGCACUGCUGGCCGCCCAAGCCCCAUGCUAUUUAAAGGAGCUGGUAAUUGUGUCACUUUUGCUAGUGCUGUCCCUCAGUUUGUUAAUCACCAUAUUUCUGUUUGUCAUCACACAGCGCUGCAACAACAGAACAGCCCCACAAGCAGCAACCGUAACCAUAGACUCUGACAGAAGGACCCCUGUAGAGCAGGAGGCCCGAAGGGCAAAUGUGUUUCUGAGCAAAAGGAAUGAACAAGGACUGCAAAGUGGACAUGGCAGCGAGUUAGUUUGUAACGCUGCGGUUUCAGGUUCUAAUGGACAUUUGCCUAACACCCCCAUCUAAACAGAGUUACAGUGUUACAGAUGAAAAAAGACACAUGGCACUUGAAGAAUCCUGAUCUAUGGGAAGUCUUUGGCAACAGGAGGAAAAAGUUUUUUAAAACUUUAUUUGAAGGGUGAGGAAGUUACCCAAACCAUUUUAAAGUGGUUUUCAUGGGAUUUGACUUAUUAUUCUAUACAUGCAGUUUUAAUGUCCUGGUGUACUUUGAAAUUACAGCUCAGUUUAGGUCACAAAUAAGUUCCCAUGUGCAACUGAAAGUGGCUGCGGAGUUCUUCUUGAAGGGCUGUUGAGAUCUACGAUAUUACCGUGGUAACAGUUAAUGACGAGGUUUAAAUACUGAGGAUGGCCAUCCUAAUUGGUAAGAUCUGGAUGUGAUCUUACUAAUAAAUCAAAGAACUGUGUGCGUGGGAUCACUUUUCUCAACAGCCAUUUACUGGCAUCAUUUAUGAGUAUUGUUGUGGUGGAAGAAGAGGCGUGGGAAAAUGAAUGUCUCACAAAUAUAAAGCUUCGACCGUUACACCUAAGUGCCAGACCCUUACUCGAACCCUCAAACAGGCCUUUGAAGGGUUAUGAAAAAUGUCUUUCACAGUUUCAUUGCUGUGAUCUCAAAUAGCUGGACAACAACACGCAGCAAGACUGAACAAGAAACAGCAUGAUUGUAAAAGCAUUACACAAAUGUGCCUGUUCUGCAUAGCUACAUUUUGAACAGGCACAAUUGCUGUAUAACCGUGUGUGUUGUAACUACCCAGUCUUUUUCACAGCUUGAACUGGUGUAUUGAUGGAGAUCAAACAUUUGUCACACUUGGUACUGGACCUGCUGAGGUCCCAGUUCUGAUAACUGACUUGUCUGUAACACUUUCACUACUGAUUGCCUGCGUGUCAGCUUUUGCCACAAGUUCUGAAUGGGUGGAAAUAACUGGAAUAAAGUUUGCACACGAUUCUAAAAAGGCUGAUUUAGCAACUGUUUCUGGUAGCCUUAGUUUUAGUGGUCAGUAAUUGUAUUCUCCUAAAUGUCUUCAUUUCCAAACUGUAACAUUUGUAAAUAGUGGUGACAAAAACCUGAGUUAAAAUCUCUCUGAACAGGAACACUGAUCCAAUGAAAAACAUAACUGUUGAUUAGCUUUAACGUAUUGGUUCUGAAUAUUCUGGGUUUUUUAUGUUCCGGUUGGUCAUCAUAUUAUAGCUGGUUAUGUUCUGACUAUUCUGUGUGAUAGCUUCAUUUGGUAAAAGGUACAGUUCUGUCCAAUGCAGCUGCUUCUUUAAAUAUUUUUAUAGAUUAGUCCAAUGCAACUGGUGUUGCAUGCACCAGGAUGUAUGCACCUUUUUGAAACAUUCAUUUCCAUAUAUUACGUUUUCAUCAAAAUGUGUAAGGAUUAGUUUUGUCACAAAAAAAGAACUUUUUUUGUGACAAAACAAACGUGAAUGUGCCUCUGCUACCUGUUAUGUGACAAUCCUGUGGAGCUGUUUGUACUUCUCACCAUUUGGACACAUCAAUAAAAAUUCAUCCACAGCUGUAAUAAAGACUCAACAUAUUUACAUUCACUUCAAUAAACAGGUCUCUGAAAUGUUACAAAAUAUAUAAAAAACCAUCACAUUUGUUUUUAUGUCUUCUCAAUUUCUUAAUGACUUGGAAAUCCAUCUGCUCUGCCAUCAUUCAAGUCAUCUCAGUCAUCCUAGGACGCUUUUUUACAGCACUCAAUGAACUUCUGUGAAAACCUUAGUAAACUACACAAUUCACUAAUAAAACCACCUUUCGCAACA